AUGGCGGCGGCGCGGCCCGUGCUGGCGCGGGCGCUGCUGCAGCAGUGCGUGUCCGCCCGGCUCCAGGUGACGCCGCCCGGGCCGCGCGGCGACGCCGAGUGGGUGGAGAUCCAGAGAGGGCUUGUUAUCUACAUAUGCUUCUUCAAAGGUGCUGAUGAAGAUCUUAUUCCAAAAAUUGUCAAUAUGCUGCUGAAUGUUCAGUUAAGUGAAAAUGAAAGUGGCAAGUACGUUUCUGUUCUUGAUUUGCCAGGCAAUGUGCUAAUCAUACCACAAGCUACGCUAGGUGGUAAGCCCAAAGGAAAAAGGAUGCAGUACCACACCAACAUUGAAAAAGAAAAAGGGUUUGAGCUUUAUUCUCAGUUUGUGUCUUUGUGUGAGAAAGAAGUGGCUGCCAAUGCCAAGUGUGUGGAAGCAGGUGUUUUGGUUAAGCAUGGCWCAUAUGGAAACAGACAGGUGUUAAACCUGGAUACAAAUGGACCUUUCACUCAUCUGAUUGAAUUUUGAAAAAAAAAA